AUGCUCUCUGUUUCCGAGUCUGUUCUCAUCACUCUGUCCCCAAAGGAGCAAGCAGCAACAGCAGACCGGAGAUGCCCAAAGACGGGCGCGGAAAUAAACCACGACGUGUCCGUGGUAGAUCAGCCUGAUACGUUGUCCACGGCCACCGAGACAUCCAUAUCGGAUCUCAUCAACCGCCAGAACAGACAGACCCUCGCUGCUUAA